UUCACCCUGUAGUCAGAGACGUUGUCAACAUGCGUCUGGAGCAGAGGUGAGCUGCACUCAUCCCUAAACAAUAGUUUCGCUUCUUGUUCAGCUGGCAUUUACAGCCUUUAGACUUUAGAGCAUGAUGUUGCACAACCUGCGCAGGCGUGAGAAGACGGGGCAAUAAAAGUGGAUCAGUUAAAGACUCAGAGCCAUGCCAGAGCUGGAGCUGCCGUCUGAGUAUUGUUGAACCCACAGAAGAGACGUUUUACUUCAUAUAUAAAACAUGUCGACGCCAAACAGCGCCUUGGGGAAAACCAGCAGUGGGGCCCGGCGUUUCAUCGGCGGCGUGGUGGAAGGUUUUUAUGGGCGACCAUGGACUAUGGAGCAAAGAACUGAGCUGUUUAAAAGGGAGCAGAAGUGGGGUUUGAACACUUACCUGUAUGCCCCCAAGGAUGACUACAAACACAGGAUGUACUGGAGAGACUUGUACUCUCCUGAGGAGGCAGAACAACUGAUUGCCCUGAUUUCAGCCGCAAAGCAGCACAACGUUGAGUUCAUCUAUGCAAUAUCUCCCGGCCUGGACAUUACUUUUUCCAACCCGAAAGAAGUGGCCGCCCUGAAGAGGAAGCUAGACCAGGUGAAGGAGUUUGGCUGCAGGUCCUUCUCUUUACUUUUUGAUGACAUCGAGACUGAGAUGUGUCUAGCAGAUAAGGAGGCUUUUAGCUCUUUUGCCCACGCUCAGGUGGCUGUAACUAAUGAAGUUUAUAAGCACCUGCAGGAACCAGAGAUCUUUCUCUUCUGUCCAACAGAUUACUGUGCAGCGUUCUGCAGCCCCAGUGUUCCCCAGUCUUCAUACCUUCACACUGUGGGAGAGAAGCUCCUGUCGGGCAUUGACAUACUGUGGACUGGACCAAAAGUGGUGUCCCACAAAAUCUCUGUUGAAUCCAUAGAGGAGGUGUCCUCUGUCCUGAAAAGGGCUCCAGUCAUCUGGGACAAUAUUCACGCCAAUGACUAUGAUCCUCAGAGACUUUUCCUUGGACCAUAUAAGGAUCGACCCACUGAGUUGAUUCCCAAACUAAGAGGAGUCCUCACAAACCCCAAUUGUGAGUUUUACCCAAAUUUCGUGGCCAUCCACACUUUGGCAACAUGGUGUAAAGCACCCGUUGAUGGAGGAUCAAGAGAUGUAGAGAUGGGUGAUGAGGAGCAGGACUCCAGCUACAGCCCCCAGAAAGCCCUGUCCCUGGCCCUCUCUGACUGGCUGCAGGAGUUCAUGAGCACAGAUCAACCAGGAGGCCCUUCUCGUCCAUCUCGUUUCAAGAAAGAGUCAUCAGAUGAGGAGCCCAUGCAGACAGACAUGGGUGAUAACCCCUAUGUUCCUGGUCCUGGGGAGAACCCGUUGUACACAGCUGAGCCUCUGACCCUGGACGACCUGACACUGCUGUCAGACCUUUUCUACUUGCCCUACGAGUACGGCAGCACAGCUCAGACCAUGCUGCAGGAGCUGGACUGGCUCAUAAACAACAGCCAUGCUGCUACUGCGCAGACAGAUGAGACAGCAAAGUGGUGCUCCAGAGCGCAGCAGUUUGAUAGCAUGUGCGACGCCGUGGUGCAGAUGUUCAACCGCCUGUCGAAUGCCCCAAACCGAAAAAUUCUCUACGACCUGUACAACUACAUCUGCGACAUCAAGAGUGGGGUCGGUCUGGCACGAGCUUACGUGAAAACGUUGGGAGGGGAGGGUCAGCCCUCUGCCCAGUUAAUGAACGAUGAUCCUGAACCCUGGGGCUUCCGUGGAGGUCUCUCUGGAGAGUUCCAGAGAAUGCUUCCUGGACAUGGAAACAGAGACCUGUUCAGACAUCCCCCCAUGACAGCAGUUUAUUGCAUACGUCCUUACUGCAGCAAUGACAAAACUGAGGUGCAGAGGAUAUUUGAGGAGAUGCAGAGAAGAGAGGGCAGAACCCCUCUGAUGCCGCAGCCUCCGCUUAUCAGUGAUGUCCUGUCAGCAGGUGAAAUCUCCCCCUCCCCUCAGUGUGGGCUUGUGGUGGAAGAUAAUAUUGGGAUGUGCGGUUAUGCUCUGGCGCUGACUGAUGGCAAACCAGCUGCGGCCAAGAUUCAGAGGGCAGUAAGUGACUCCAUGUUUGAGGAUUUCCCCUCCCUGGUCGUUGUGCAAAUUCUUCCCCGGGUCACUGAUCCAUCUCCAGCCAAGUGCAUGAUUGGUCAACUGUUGUCUGUCAUUAGGAGCAGUGGUUCCAGAGGAGUGUUUUGUGAGUUGAGGCAGAGCGAUCGAAGGAUGCUUGACUUUUUCUCCAAACUGGGCUCCUUCAAACCCAUACGGGUGGAAGGUCUACCUGAAGGGGUCCUCGUCAUGGCAACAAGCUUGCGUACUGACUUUCCUCAGGUUUGAAGUGUUAACCUUGUAUGAAUAUUUGCCAACUGUGGAGCAUGCUAAACUGUUCUGGCAUUUUGGUUAGUUCAUAUCAGUUAAUCAGAUUUUUUUUUCUCCAUGUAGCUUUGUUUCAAAACAAUCAUUGAAUCUUUUAACUGAAUUUGAUAUAAAAAUCUACAAAAA